AUGGAAUCCUGUGAAAUGGCAUCCCCCGCGAUGGCAUCUAACCAGAAGCAAUCCGACAAAAUGAAAAAAUACACACGAAUAAAAUCCGCUCAGACGACAAUGAAAUCCUGUGAAAUGGCAUCCCCCGCGAUGGCAUCUAACCAGAAGCAAUCCGACAAAAUGAAAAAAUACACACGAAUAAAAUCCGCUCAGACGACAAUGAAAUCCUGUGAAAUGGCAUCCCCCGCGAUGGCAUCUAACCAGAAGCAAUCCGACAAAAUGAAAAAAUACACACGAAUAAAAUCCGCUCAGACGACAAUGAAAUCCUGUGAAAUGGCAUCCCCCGCGAUGGCAUCUAACCAGAAGCAAUCCGACAAAAUGAAAAAAUACACACGAAUAAAAUCCGCUCAGACGACAAUGAAAUCCUGUGAAAUGGCAUCCCCCGCGAUGGCAUCUAACCAGAAGCAAUCCGACACCCUGAAAAAAUACACACGAAUAAAAUCCGCUCAGACGACAAUGGAAUCCUGUGAAAUGGCAUCCCCCGCGAUGGCAUCUAACCAAAAGCAAUCCGACAAAAUGAAAAACCGCCAGAUGCUGUCCACAACGACGACAUCCAACCAGACGCCAUCCGACAAAAUGCAAUCCUGCCAGACGCUGCCCACAACGAUAACUUCCAACCAGACGCCAUCCGACAAAAUGCAAUCCUGCCAGACGCUGCCCACAACGAUAACUUCCAACCAGACGCCAUCCGACAAAAUGCAAUCCUGCCAGACGCUGCCUACAAUGAUAACUUCCAAUCAGACACCAUCCGACAAAUCGCGAUCCCCCGACAUGCUGUCCACAACGAUGACAUCCACCUAUACACCAUCCGACAAAACGUGGUCCCCCGAGAUGCUGUCCACAACGACGACAUCCACCUAUACACCAUCCGACAAAUCGUGGUCCCCCGAGAUGCCGUCUACAACGAAAACAUCCAACAAGACACCAUCCGACAAAAUGAAAAACCGCCAGAUGCUGUCUACAAUGACGACAUCCAACAAGACAAUAUCCGACAAAAAGCGAUCUUCCGAGAUGCUGUCCACAACGAUGACAUCCACCAACACACCAUUCGACAAAACGAGGUCCCCCGAGAUGCUGUCUACAACGAUGGCAUCCAACCAGACGCCAUCCGACAAAAUGCAAUUCUGCCAGACGCUGCCCACAACGAUAACUUCCAACCAGACGCCUUCCGACAGAAUACUAUUCUACCGGAGGCUGUCCACCAUGAUGCUAUCCAGCCUAUCGCCGUCCGACCAAAUGCAAUCGUCCCAGAUGCAGCCCACAGUCAUGACGUCUAACCAGACACCAUCCGACAAAACGCGAUCCCCCGAUAUACUGUCCGCAGCGAUGACAUCCAACAAGUCACCAUCCGACAACACGCAAUCCUGCCAAAUGCUGUCCACAAUCAUGACAUCUAACCAGACGCCAUCCGACAAAACGGAAACCCACCAGGUGCUGUCGACAACGAUGGCAUCCAAACAGACGCCAUCCGACAGAAUACUAUUCUACCGGAGGCUGUCCACCAUGAUGCUAUCCAGCCUAUCGCCGUCCGACAAAAUGCAAUCGUCCCAGAUGCAGCCGACAGUCAUGACGUCUAACCAGACACCAUCCGACAAAACGCGAUCCCCCGAGAUACUGUCCGCAACGAUGACAUCCAACAAGUCACCAUCCGACAAAACGCAAUCCUGCCAAAUGCUGUCCACAAUCAUGACAUCUAACCAGACGCCAUCCGACAGAAUACUAUUCUACCGGAGGCUGUCCACCAUGAUGCUAUCCAGCCUAUCGCCGUCCGACAAAAUGCAAUCGUCCCAGAUGCAGCCGACAGUCAUGACGUCUAACCAGACACCAUCCGACAAAACGCGAUCCCCCGAUAUACUGUCCGCAGCGAUGACAUCCAACAAGUCACCAUCCGACAACACGCAAUCCUGCCAAAUGCUGUCCACAAUCAUGACAUCUAACCAGACGCCAUCCGACAAAACGGAAACCCACCAGGUGCUGUCGACAACGAUGGCAUCCAAACAGACGCCAUCCGACAGAAUACUAUUCUACCGGAGGCUGUCCACCAUGAUGCUAUCCAGCCUAUCGCCGUCCGACCAAAUGCAAUCGUCCCAGAUGCAGCCGACAGUCAUGACGUCUAACCAGACACCAUCCGACAACACGCAAUCCUGCCAAAUGCUGUCGACAACGAUGGCAUCCAACCAGACGCCAUCCGACAGAAUACUAUUCUACCGGAGGCUGUCCACCAUGAUGCUAUCCAGCCUAUCGCCGUCCGACCAAAUGCAAUCGUCCCAGAUGCAGCCGACAGUCAUGACGUCUAACCAGACACCAUCCGACAAAACGCGAUCCCCCGAUAUACUGUCCGCAGCGAUGACAUCCAACAAGUCACCAUCCGACAACACGCAAUCCUGCCAAAUGCUGUCCACAAUCAUGACAUCUAACCAGACGCCAUCCGACAAAACGGAAACCCACCUAGUGCUGUCGACAACGAUGGCAUCCAACCAGACGCCAUCCGACAGAAUACUAUUCUACCGGAGGCUGUCCACCAUGAUGCUAUCCAGCCUAUCGCCGUCCGACCAAAUGCAAUCGUCCCAGAUGCAGCCGACAGUCAUGACGUCUAACCAGACGCCAUCCGACAAAACGGAAACCCACCAGGUGCUGUCGACAACGAUGGCAUCCAACCAGACGCCAUCCGACAGAAUACUAUUCUACCGGAGGCUGUCCACCAUGAUGCUAUCCAGCCUAUCGCCGUCCGACCAAAUGCAAUCGUCCCAGAUGCAGCCGACAGUCAUGACGUCUAACCAGACGCCAUCCGACAAAACGGAAACCCACCAGGUGCUGUCGACAACGAUGGCAUCCAACCAGACGCCAUCCGACAGAAUACUAUUCUACCGGAGGCUGUCCACCAUGAUGCUAUCCAGCCUAUCGCCGUCCGACCAAAUGCAAUCCUGCCAGACGCUGCCUACAAUGAUAACUUCCAAUCAGACACCAUCCGACAAAACGCGAUCCCCCGAGAUACUGUCCGCAACGAUGACAUCCAACAAGUCACCAUCCGACAAAAUGCAAUCCUGCCAAAUGCUGUCCACAAUCAUGACAUCUAACCAGACGUCAUCCGACAAAACGGAAACCCACCAGGUGCUGUCGACAAUGAUGGCAUCCAACCAGACGCCAUCCGGCGAAAUGCAAUCCUGCCAGACGCUGCCUACAAUGAUAACUUCCAACCAGACGCCAUCCAACAAAACGCGAUUCCCCGAGAUGCUCUCCACAACGAUAACUUCCAACCAGACGCCAACCGACAGAAAACUAUUCCACCAGAUGCUGCCCACCAUGAUGCAAUCCAACCUUUCGCCGUCCGACCAAACGCAAUCGUCCCAGAUGCAGCCCACAGUCAUGACGUCUAACCAGACACCAUCCGACAGAACGGGAACCCACCAGACGCUGCCCACAACGAUAACUCCCAACCAGACGCCAUCCGACAGAAAACUUUUCUACCAGAUGCUGCCCACAACGAUAACUUCCAAUCAGACACCAUCCGACAAAACGCGAUCCCCCGACAUGCUGUCCACAACGAUGACAUCCUCCAAGACACCAUCCGACAAAACGGGAACCCACCAGGUGCUGUCGACAAUGAUGGCAUCCAACCAGCCGCCAUCCGGCGAAAUGCAAUCCUGCCAGACGCUGCCUACAAUGAUAACUUCCAAUCAGACACCAUCCGACAAAACGCGAUCCCCCGAGAUACUGUCCGCAACAAUAACUUCCAACCAGACGCCAUCCGACAGAAAACUAUUCUACCAGAUGCUGCCCACCAUGAUGGAAUCCAACCAGACGCCAUCCGACAGAAAUCUUUUCUACCAGAUGCUGCCCACCAUGAUGCAAUCCAACCUAUCGCCGUCCGACCAAACGCAAUCGUCCCAGAUGCAGCCCACAGUCAUGACGUCUAACCAGACACCAUCCGACAGAACGGGAACCCACCAGACGCUGCCCACAACGAUAACUCCCAAACAGACGCCAUCCGACAGAAAACUUUUCUACCAGAUGCUGCCCACCAUGAUGGAAUCCAACCAGACGCCAUCCGGCGAAAUGCAAUCCUGCCAGACGCUGCCUACAAUGAUAACUUCCAAUCAGACGCCAUCCGACAAAACGCUAUCCCCCGAGAUACUGUCCGCAACGAUGACAUCCAACAAGUCACCAUCCGACAAAAUGCAAUACUGCCAAAUGCUGUCCACAAUCACGACAUCUAACCAGACGUCAUCCGACAAAACGGAAACCCACCAGGUGCUGUCGACAACGAUGGCAUCCAACCAGACGCCAUCCGGCGAAAUGCAAUCCUGCCAGACGCUGCCUACAAUGAUAACUUCCAACCAGACGCCAUCCAACAAAACGCGAUUCCCCGAGAUGCUCUCCACAACGAUAACUUCCAACCAGACGCCAACCGACAGAAAACUAUUCCACCAGAUGCUGCCCACCAUGAUGCAAUCCAACCUUUCGCCGUCCGACCAAACGCAAUCGUCCCAGAUGCAGCCCACAGUCAUGACGUCUAACCAGACACCAUCCGACAGAACGGGAACCCACCAGACGCUGCCCACAACGAUAACUCCCAACCAGACGCCAUCCAACAGAAAGCUUUUCUACCAGAUGCUGCCCACCAUGAUGGAAUCCAACCAGACGCCAUCCGACAGAAAACUUUUAUACCGGAUGCUGCCCACCAUGAUGCAAUCCAACCUAUCGCCGUCCGACCAAAUGCAAUCGUCCCAGAUGCUGUCCACAGUCAUGACCUCUAACCAGACACCAUCCGACAAAACGGGAACCCACCAGGUGCUGUCCACAAUGAUGGCAUCCAACCAGACGCCAUCCGACAAAAUGCAAUCCUGCCAGACGCUGCCCACAACGAUAACUUCCAAUCAGACACCAUCCGACAAAACGCGAUCCCCCGACAUGCUGUCCACAACGAUGACAUCCUCCAAGACACCAUCCGACAAAACGGGAACCCACCAGGUGCUGUCGACAAUGAUGGCAUCCAACCAGCCGCCAUCCGACGAAAUGCAAUCCUGCCAGACGCUGCCUACAAUGAUAACUUCCAAUCAGACACCAUCCGACAAAACGCGAUCCCCCGAGAUACUGUCCGCAACGAUAACUUCUAACCAGACGCCAUCCGACAGAAAACUAUUCUACCAGAUGCUGCCCACCAUGAUGCAAUCCAACCUAUCGCCGUCCGACCAAACGCAAUCGUCCCAGAUGCAGCCCACAGUCAUGACGUCUAACCAGACACCAUCCGACAGAACGGGAACCCACCAGACGCUGCCCACAACGAUAACUCCCAACCAGACGCCAUCCAACAGAAAGCUUUUCUACCAGAUGCUGCCCACCAUGAUGGAAUCCAACCAGACGCCAUCCGACAGAAAACUUUUAUACCGGAUGCUGCCCACCAUGAUGCAAUCCAACCUAUCGCCGUCCGACCAAAUGCAAUCGUCCCAGAUGCUGUCCACAGUCAUGACCUCUAACCAGACACCAUCCGACAAAACGGGAACCCACCAGGUGCUGUCCACAAUGAUGGCAUCCAACCAGACGCCAUCCGACAAAAUGCAAUCCUGCCAGACGCUGCCCACAACGAGAACUUCCAAUCAGACACCAUCCGACAAUAAGCGAUCCCGCAAGAUGCCCUCCACAAUGACGGCUUCCAACAAGACACCGUCCGACAAAAUGCGAUCCCCCGACAUGCUGCCCACAGCGAUGACAUCUAACCAGACGCCAUCCGACAAAAUGAAAUCCUGCCAGACGCUGCCCACAACGAUAACUUCCAACCAGACACCAUCCAACAAUAAGCGAUCCCGCAAGAUGCCCUCCACAAUGACGGCAUCCAACCAGACACCAUCCGACCAAAAGCGACCCCGCCGGACGCUGUCCACAACGAUGGCUUCCAAUCAGACACCAUCCGACAAAACGCGAUCCCCCGAGAUACUGUCCGCAACAAUAGCUUCUAACCAGACGCCAUCCGACAGAAAACUAUUCUACCAGAUGCUGCCCACCAUGAUGGAAUCCAACCAGACGCCAUCCGACAGAAAACUAUUCUACCAGAUGCUGCCCACCAUGAUGGAAUCCAACCAGACGCCAUCCGACAGAAAACUAUUCUACCAGAUGCUGCCCACCAUGAUGGAAUCCAACCAGACGCCAUCCGACAGAAAACUAUUCUACCAGAUGCUGCCCACCAUGAUGGAAUCCAACCAGACGCCAUCCGAUAGAAAACUUUUCUACCAGAUGCUGCCCACAAUGAUGGCAUCCAACCAGACGCCAUCCGGCAAAAUGCAAUCCUGCCAGACGCUACCCACAACGAUAACUUCCAACCAGACACCAUCCGACAAAACGGGAACCCACCAGGUGCUGUCCACAAUGAUGGCAUCCAACCAGACGCCAUUCGGCAAAAUGCAAUCCUGCCAGACGCUGCCCACAACGAUAACUUCCAAUCAGACACCAUCCGACAUGCUGUCCACAACAAUGGCUUCCAACAAGACACCGUCCGACAAAAUGCGAUCCCCCGACAUGCUGCCCACAGCGAUGACAUCUAACCAGCCGCCAUCCGACAAAAUGCAAUCCUGCCAGACGCUGCCCACAACGAUAACUUCCAAUCAGACACCAUCCGACAUGCUGUCCACAACAAUGGCUUCCAACAAGACACCGUCCGACAAAAUGCGAUCCCCCGACAUGCUGCCCACAGCGAUGACAUCUAACCAGCCGCCAUCCGACAAAAUGCAAUCCUGCCAGACGCUGCCCACAACGAUAACUUCCAAUCAGACACCUUCCAACAAUAAGCGAUCCCGCAAGAUGCCCUCCACAAUGACGGCUUCCAACAAGACACCAUCCGACCAAAAGCGACCCCGCCGGACGCUGUCCACAACGAUGGCUUCCAAUCAGACGCCAUCCGACAAAAUGCAAUCCCGCCAGACGCUGUGCACAAUGACGGCCACUAACCAGAUGACAUCCACCCAGAUGAUGUCACACCAGACGCCAUUAAAUUAUGCACCAUUAAUUCAAACGCCAUAUACAUCAUCUGACAGAAUGCAAUCCUCCCAGAUGAUGUCCAGCAUGAUGCAAUCCACCCAGACGCCAUCCAAUCUAAUGCAAACCAAUCACAUGAUGUCCAGCCUGAUGCAAUCCACCCAGACGCCAUCCAAUCUAACGCAAACCAAUCACAUGAUGUCCAGCCUGAUGCAAUCCAACCAGACGCCAUCCAAUCUAAUGCAAACCAAUCACAUGAUGUCCAGCCUGAUGCAAUCCACCCAGACGCCAUCCAAUCUAACGCAAACCAAUCACAUGAUGUCCAGCCUGAUGCAAUCCAACCAGACACCAUCCGAUCCAAUGCAAACCAAUCACAUGAUGUCCAGCCUGAUGCAAUCCACCCAGACGCCAUCCAAUCUAAUGCAAACCAAUCACAUGAUGUCCAGCCUGAUGCAAUCCACCCAGACGCCAUCCAAUCUAAUGCAAACCAAUCACAUGAUGUCCAGCCUGAUGCAAUCCACCCAGACGCCAUCCAAUCUAACGCAAACCAAUCACAUGAUGUCCAGCCUGAUGCAAUCCACCCAGACACCAUCCGAUCCAAUGCAAACCUAUCACAUGAUGUCCACCCAAAUGGCAUCCAACCGGAUGCCAUAUACCCAGAUGACAUCCACCCAGAUGAUACCACACCAGACGCCAUUAAAUUAUGCACCAUCAACCCAAACGCCAUAUAUCGAGACGCCAUCUGCCCCGAUACCGAUUAACCAGACGCCAUACACCCAGACGCCAUUCAAUGGUACGCUAUGCACCAGUCGAAAACAAUUGUAUGAGUUACUAGAAGCAGAGGCUGCCUACUUUAACCGUAUAAGAAUUCAGAAUUGGGUGAACUCUCAAGCUCCAUAUAUUCCCUAUAUGUUAGAAAAUUCAACAUGUACGGAUGGAACUGCACGAAAUUCAUUGUUUGACCCGUCCAUCCAUAAUGAAGCCCGACUAAGUCCGCGUUUCAAUGACCAACCAUCUUUAGAUCCAAUCAACUGA